GUGAAGUGAAAGAGUCAAAGAGCUCAGAUUGUGUUCCUGCUGCACAAGAGCGUCUGUACUUCUGCAUCUGCAGUAUGGCAGAGGAGCGAGUAAAGGCCUCUCUCUCAGAGAAACACAGUGUGAGAUCAGGAUCAUGUGUGUCUCUGAAGAGUGACCAGUCAAAAGAUUAUCCACCAAAGUUCAGAGAGAAAACCCCAUCAUCUGCUCAAAGUGUGAGAUCAGGAUCAUGUGUGUCCAGAUCUGUGUCUCUGAAGAGUGACCGGUCAAAACAGAAUCCACCAAAGUUUAGAGAGAAAACACCAUCAUCUGCUCAAAGUGAUAAAUAUGAGUUAGCAGAUUCAGGAGGCGAGACUCACAGGAGACACAAGAGCUUCACAGAUAAUCUCCAGUCAAUCUUCCAGAAUCUUGAGAGUAAAAUGAUCAGAUUCCUGAAGAAUGAACUGGAGAAAUUUAAGAUCUUACAAGAAGAAACCAGUCAAGAGUUUGUAAAGGACUAUAAUGAGAACAGAAGCAGAAUCACAGAAGCAGCUCUUGAUCUCACACUCUUCUUCCUGAGAGAGAUGAAGCAAGAUCAAGUUGCUGAUACUCUUGUGGAUGAGCUGUUCUUCAUCAAUCAGCUUAAAUGUAGCCUGAAGAAGAAAUAUCAAAGUGUGUUUGAAGGAAUUGCUCGGCAAGGAGACUCCACACUUCUGAAUAACAUCUACACAGAUCUCUAUAUCACUCAGGGUGCGAGUGAACAGGUCAACACUGAACAUGAGAUCAGACAGAUUGAAGCUGCUUCCAGACGUCAUCAGUCACUAGAGAUACAGGUUGAAUGCAAACAUUUGUUUGAAGCACCUGAACAAGACGAGCAGAUCAGAACUGUCCUGACAAAAGGAGUUGCUGGCAUCGGGAAAUCAGUCUCUGUGCAAAAGUUUGUUCUGGAUUGGGCUGAAGGAAGAGAAAAUCAAGACAUCAGCUUCAUAUUUCCUCUUCCAUUCAGAGAGAUGAACUUAAAGGAGAAAGAAAGACAAAGUUUAAAAGACCUCAUAACUCAGUUUUUCCCAGAGACUAAAGGACUGAACCUUACAAGAAGCACACGAUUCAAAGUCCUGUUCAUCCUUGAUGGAUUGGAUGAAUGUCGUCUUCCUCUGAACUUUGCUGGUAAUGAGACGUGUCGUGAUGUAUCUUCAGCAGUCUCUCUGGAUGUUCUCCUGACGAACCUCAUCAAGGGAAAUCUGCUUCCUUCUGCUCUCAUCUGGAUCACCAGCAGACCAGCAGCUGCCAGUAAGAUUCCUGCUGACUGUAUCGACCGGCUGACAGAGAUACGAGGAUUCAAUGAUGCCCAAAAGGAGGAGUACUUCAGAAAGAGACUCACAGAUCAGAAUCAGGCCAGAGAAAUCAUUGAUCACAUUAAACAGUCAAAGAGUCUCUUUAUUAUGUGCCACAUCCCAGUCUUCUGCUGGAUUUCAGCCACUGUUCUACAGAAUAUUUUGAAGGAGAACAGAAAUACUGAACUGAAACACAGGGCUAAUGCUGAAACACUGCAGGAAUCUCCCAAGACUCUGACACAGAUGUACACACACUUUCUCCGCUUUCAGAUCCAGCAGAGCAGAAGAAAGUAUGAUGGAGAAAACACACCAGAUGUCUCCUGGGAUCCAAACCUCAUCCUUUCACUGGGGAAACUGGCCUUCCAGCAGCUGGAAAGAAACAAUGUGAUCUUCUAUGAGAGCGAUCUGAAAGACUGUGGCAUUGACGUCUAUAAGGCAUCGGUGUACUCAGGCAUGUGUACCCAGAUCUUUAAGGAGGAGACAGGAAUCAUUCUUGGUACCAUGUACUGCUUUCUUCACUUGAGCAUUCAAGAGUUUAUUGCAGCCCUUUAUCAACAUCUAUCAACAUCUGGCAACAUGAAGCAUGGAUUUCUUUUUAAACAAAAAAAGAAAAAUACAAGCAUGAUUGAUUUGCUGAAGACUGCAGUGGACAAGGCUCUGGAAAGUGAGAAUGGACAUCUGGACCUUUACCUUCGCUUCCUUCUCGGUCUGUCACUCCAGUCCAAUCGACAACGGUUACAAGGCCUGUUGACACAGCAGGAUGACAGAGACCAGAGCAAAGAGGAAAUAAUUGCAUACAUCAAGCAGAAACUUGAAGGUCAUCUGUCUCCAGAGAGAUCCAUCAAUCUGUUCUACUGUCUGAAUGAACUGAAUGAUCAAACUCUGCUGAAACAGAUUCAGUCUCACCUCAGUAGAGGAAGUCUGUCAUCUGCUCACCUUUCACCUGCUCAGUGGUCUGCUCUGGUCUUCAUGUUGUUGACCUCAGAGGAGGAGCUGGAGGAGUUUGAGCUUCAGAAAUUCCAGAGAUCAGACGAGUGUCUCAUCAGACUAUCAGCAGUCAUCAAAACCUCCAAAAGAGCUCAGCUACAGAGCUGUAAUCUCACUGUUCAGUGCUGUGAGAGUUUGUCUUCAGCUCUACGAUCCUCAAACUGUGUCCUGAGAGAGCUGGACCUGAGUAACAAUGACCUGCAGGAUUCAGGAGUGAAGCUUCUCUCUGAUGGACUGAAGAGUCCAUACUGUAAACUGGAGACACUGAGAUUGUCUGGCUGUAUGGUGACAGAGGAAGGCUGUGGUUUUCUGUCUUCAGCUCUGACUUCAAACCCCUCACACCUGAGAGAGCUGGAUCUGAGCUACAAUCAUCCAGGAGAUUCAGGAGUCAAGCUGCUCUCUGAACAACUGGAGGAUCCAAACUACACACUGGACAAACUCAAUUUGGAUCAUGGAGGAGACACGAGGAUUACAGCAGGACCACGCAAAUAUGUCUGUUUCCUCACACUGGAUCCAAACACAGCACACACUCGUCUCAUUCUGUCUGAGGAGAACAGAGAGGUGAAGAGUGUGUUAGAGGAUCAGCCGUAUCCUGAUCAUCCAGACAGAUUUGAUUAUUGGUCUCAGGUGUUGUGCAGAGAGAGUGUGUGUGGACGCUGUUACUGGGAGACUGACUGCAGUGGAGAUGGUGUGGAAAUAUCAGUGUCAUAUAAGAGCAUCAGCAGGAAGGGACGAGGUGAUGAGUGUGUGUUUGGAUCUAAUGCUCAGUCCUGGAGUUUGCUCUGCUAUUCCUCCAGUUUCACAUUCAGACAAAAUCACACACACACUGAUCUCCCAGUAGAGCCGCUCAGCAGGAGAAUAGGAGUGUUUGUGGAUCACAGUGCAGGAACUCUGAUCUUCUACAACAUCUAUAGAGACACAAUGAGCCUCAUCCACUCAGUCCAGACCACAUUCACUGAGCCGCUCUGGCCUGGGUUUAGGUUUUAUUAUUCUGGAUCAUCAGUGAAACUGAGCUGAAGACUGACGAGAGAUUUACCCACAAUCCUCUGCAGGAGCAGUCAGCAGCUGUGUGUGUGUGUGUGUGUGGACCUCUGACAAUAUGAGACCAGCUUUCAGAAAAUGUGUGUAAAUAAUUGGGAAGAACUGUAAGUGAGUGUGGCGAUUCAUUGAGAGAUUUGUUUCUUGAUUUAUUUGUAAAACAUGUUUUAUCAAGUAGUUCACUUCAGCAGAACUUGCACUUGAUGUUUUGUUACAUCCGUUCUUCCUCUUCUUCUUCUUCUUCCUCUUCUUCUUCUUAGUUUUUUGGUGAAUUGCAUUCUUUGUGCAUAUCGCCACCUACUGUGCUAGUUGUGCAUCCAGAUUCUGUGAUUGCUCUGCCCCAAUCCCACCCUAUAUGGGGCAUCUGCAGACUUGGAUCCAGGCAGUUUUACGCCCCUGUUGUUCCUAAUGCGUCCAGUAGGGAGGAUGAAAGACACAUGGCCAAAUAAUAGAUUUGAAGUCAACGCUCCAGAUUAUUAAAUGUCCUGUUUAUAAAUAUAUAUUUUAAUUAUAUCACGCUAAAUAUAAACGCUGAGUUGAUGUAUCAGGAAGUGAGUUAUACACUCACUAUAGAAUAUGCACAACUGAUCCACUCACCAGAUAAUUCAGAUAAUCAAAAGCCCAAGUGCAGAUUCAUUUAGAUUCAUUUAAUUAGUCAAAUUCAAACACAAAUAGUUGGAUAGUGUACUGGUUAAUUGUAGCCUACUUAUACGUUUACAUAUAGGGAUAUGCAUUUAGUUGUAUUGUUUAUAUCUAAAGUUAUAUUCUGACAAUAACACAAUGAUAACCAAACAAUAGAGUGUAAUAUGGAUUAUUGAUAUGCUUUGAUGAGAAUGCAGUGGUAUUGACUAGCAGACAGCUGCAGAACAUUUACACAAACAAUUUACUACUUUCUAAAAGUCCAGCACCAUUUAGCUACCUGAAGAACACAAACCCAGACAACAUUAGAUUUCUCACAUGUAUUUAUUGACCACAGCAUCACUAGAGAUAGCCAGUGUUCUUUAAAUGAAGCUGAAUCCUUGCAUCAGAUUCUUCACGCUUACUGAAUAAUAAAUCAAUACAGUUAUGUAUUAA